GGUUAACAAAAGUGAGGUUACCGUGCUGGUUAUCUCAGUUAUCUUGUUUGACAUUUGCUCUUCCGGGGAUAUCAACAUGUUGGACGAGGAUGGACUGGUGAGAUGCUUACAAUCCAGCAACCCUCUCCCACUGCUGAAAGAGUUCAGCAACGAUGCCCUGGCCAACCCGUCGGACUUCCCGGCCCUGAAAGCCGGCAGGGAGUUCGUUUGGUCGAGCAUUUUCAAGAAGAUCCAGUCCGAACCGGACAUACUUUAUUACCUUAAAACCCUUAGGGUUUUGAGCAGGGACAAAGAGGGAAUAGAGGAAUUUGUGACAGAGGAAAGGGUCGCUGUGCUGUUCAGGUGUGCUGGGUUCGGUGAGAACAAUUACAAUGUUGAUUGCGUUGUCGAAGCAUUAAAAUGCAUGUGCAACCUCAUGUUGAACUACAACAAGACCGCGCAGUACUUGGAGGAUCUAAACACCGUCAAAUAUGCAGUCAAAAGGAUCAACAGUAAAGACACUGUCAACGAGGAGAAAAUUUACGAUAUCAAAUUGUUAUUUUUAAUUACAGCAUUAAAUCGAUCAGCCAGAUUAAAAGCUUUCCAAGAAGCCAGAGGGUUGAAUUUAUUCACAAAUUUGCUCAAAGAGGAAAGCAAUUUUACAAAUAUGACAGAAGAAAGGGUGAAAUUCUGCUGUGACAUUAUAAAAUUGAUGUUUAAUGUGUUAAUCGAAAUAGAACCUGAUAAACCGAAUACAAGGUGUGAUGCAAGUGAAAUUCUCAAAUUGACAACAGUCCUUAAAGAUUUACUCUCUUGCAACUUGGAAUAUGCUAAGCGAUUGCAUAACGAUGUUAUUAACUUGCUCACAGUCAUUCCUAAAAUAGAUCUUUUAGUUUUAAUCGCUCCAGGACAGGGUUCGUCAGAACCAGAUUUUUCAACUUUGGAUAAUAUCAUUAAUCAUAUGGACAUUUUACUUACAGAACUAGAAUCAAAUCCAAAAAUACCGAAAGAUACUUUAUCACCGAUUCUCUUGGUGUUGUUCCGUCUAGCAGAAUUGCACAACCUUUCGAGAAAGUACAUGAGAUUUAAGAUAUUGCCAAAGCUCACUGAUGUGUCCACAAGGCCUGAGGAAGGUAAAACAAUCAGGAAUAAACUUUGCAGACUGCUCACUUGCCCGGUGCAGUGUAUAAGCGAUUUGGUCGCCGAUUUUCUUUUUGUUCUAUGCAAAGAGAAUGUGGCGCGUAUGGUGAAACACACCGGAUUUGGAAAUGCUGCAGGGUUGCUGGCGAGGCGAGGCCUCCUGGGUGCUCCGGGCGAUUACAGUUCCGACUCGGAGGACAGCGAGACAGAAGAGUACAGCAGGGACAAGCACUUGAUUAACCCGAUUAUCGGUUGCAAAGAUGAACCGAGGGUGAACAUUCUUGACUCAAUGCCGUAUGAACAGAAAGAAUUCCUGGCUAUGGAGUUGGUGAAUAAAAUUGACCAACUACAAAGAGGCGGAAUAAUUCAACCGUGUCGAAUCGUCGACGGUCGCCCUGAGCCUAUAGAAAGUUUACAAGAAUUACAGCUGGCCAUGAAACCGAAUGAAAAUAAUGAAGACUCUUCAUGAAUUGUGUCGUUAUUGAAAUUUGUGUUUUCUCUGUGACUGCUGAUUCAAAAUGAAAAGUUGGACCCAACUUGCUUAUUAAAUUGUAUUAAUAAUGCAUUGUGAAUUGAAUCAAACUGUGCAAAAAGCAUGGAAAACAAUCCAUAUUAUAAAUUAUUUAUGCAAAGCAAAAGUUUUGUGUGUAAGGUAUUUUUACUCCUUAAAUGAUGGAGGUGUGAUUUAACUUUGGUUAUUUGUUUGUUUAUAAUAAAACACUUACCUUGUUAUUGUAAAUGUGGAUCUCAAAUUUGAGAGUAGUUCACUU